UUCCAUGUCUCAGUGUGCUGAGUGAAGAUGUCAUGGAUUGAAGCUGAGCAGCUCGGUGUUCACUUGGCUGUGUCUGCUGGGUGAGUGAGGAGUGGGAGAGAGGGAGGGGAGAGAGGGAGAGCAACCACCAGCUCACAAACCCAGAAAAAAGAGGCGAACUUCGCUGGUAAACGCCAGAUUGUGUUACUUUGGUUAAAGACAUGGCAGCACGCACGGGGGAAUAUCCCUCUCCAGGGAUCUAGGCAGUGAGGCUGGGUCGAGUGUGGAGUCCACCGGAGGCGGCUGGAAACUCAGAAGGAAAGAAAACAACAACAACACUGGAGAAAAGGACGAGGGUUACACACAACAGUGACAAUAAAACAACACUCCCCGACAAGUGGUGUGUCUGCGGAGGGUGAAGUCCGAAGAAAAGCGACAGGAAACACUGGUGACUGGAUGUUCUACCUGAAACGUGUUGAAUGUGAGUUUCCAGACAGCGUUUCUGUGUGAACUUUAAACUCAGGAAACAAUGAAGACAUAGCGAGCAAGGACUCAUCAAGUGUUUCGACGCUGCUAGCCGUCCCGCUAGCGUUAGCGUGGCUAACUCACAGCGAGCGAAUGCGAGGUGAAGCUAACGCCCGCUAGUGCAGCUAAGUAGGCUAAGUUAGCUCUUUGGCUAACGCUAGCUAAACGCGUUGUAGAGAAACUUUUGGUUUUGUUUCCCCGGAGCCCAAACACUGAAGGAGUGUUGUGAGGACGGAGGGGGAGGGCAGGUUCCCUUCUGGACUUUUUCCCCUCUACGCAUUUCCCCAAAAUGAUGGCUGCGGAGGUCAGCAGUGAGGAUACGGGCUCGGUCACGACAGGGACAGGGGUGGCAGGCGAAGGAGGCCCGGAGACGGCGCCUUUCCCCUACUAUACCAAGUCGACCAGGGCGAGAGUCACUGAGUCACCAGCGCUGCGGCAACAUUCGAACACAUCGCCGGACUCACUUCCCGACAUGAGCAUGAUCUAUCUCGUGCCUGGUGGGGAUCUGACCGGACCAGGGCUGACCGCAACAGGGAGUGGCGGAACAGGAGGUGGACAUGCAGCUUUCCAAGGAACAAGCUCAGGGACCGCGGGCAGCAUGUGUUGCUCUCCCACCUUGGAGGCUCCGGCUAGUCGGGUUUCACCCACAUCAACCGGCCCGGAUGGGCCCUCUGCUUUCCCCUCACUGCCACCACCUCCUCCCCCUCCUCCAGGCUACGGGGGGCUCGGCGGCACUACGGAUGAGAGCGACAUGCAGGAUGGACCGGAGUAUGAGGAAGAGGAGGUGGUGUUCCCCCUCUCUGCACCUCCCACCAACCAGUGGUACCAUGGCAAGCUGGACCGAACCAUUGCUGAGGAGCGGCUGCGCCAGGCCCGGACCCCUGGCAGCUACCUCAUCAGGGAGAGUGACCGCCGGCCCGGUUCCUUUGUCCUGUCUUUCCUCAGCAUGACCAACGUGGUCAACCACUUCAGGAUAAUCGCAAUGUGUGGGGACUAUUACAUUGGUGGGCGGCGUUUCUCUUCUCUAUCGGACCUGAUUGGUUAUUACAGCUAUGUGUCUUGCUUGCUAAAAGGAGAGAAAUUGCUUUCUCCAGUGGCACCCCCAGAGCCUGUAGAGGACAGGAGGAGAGUCAGGGCCAUACUUCCAUACACCAAAGUGCCAGAUACUGAUGAGAUCAGCUUCCUAAAAGGUGACAUGUUUAUCGUUCACAAUGAGCUGGAUGAUGGCUGGAUGUGGGUGACCAACGUUCGCACAGAGGAGCAGGGCCUUAUCGUGGAGGAUCUGGUGGAGGAGGUGGGGCGGGAGGAGGAUCCACAUGAGGGAAAAGUCUGGUAUCAUGGAAAGAUCACCAAGCAAGAGGCCUACAACCUGCUGAUGACAGUUGGCCAGGUGUGCAGUUUUCUUGUCCGGCCAUCAGACAACACACCUGGGGACUACUCGCUCUUUUUCCGCACUAAUGAAAACAUCCAAAGGUUUAAGAUCUCCCCCACCCCCAACAAUCAGUACAUGAUGGGGGGGAGGUACUACAACAGUGUUGAUGACAUCAUCGACCAUUACAAGAAGGAACAAAUUGUUGAGGGCUACAAUUUGAAAGAACCAGCUUCUGUGCAGCACCAGGAACAAGUUCUUACUGACAUGGUGGAUGGGAGAGAAAUUUAUAACACUAUCAGACGGAAAACAAAAGAUGCUUUCUACAAAAACAUUGUCAAGAAAGGCUACCUCUUGUUCAACAAAGGUAAAGGCAAACGGUGGAAGAAUCUUUACUUUAUCCUGGAAGGUAACGACGCCCAGCUCAUCUACUUUGAGAGCGAGAAGAGAGCCACCAAACCAAAAGGGCUGAUCGACCUAAGUGUGUGCUCUGUGUAUGGUGUGCAUGACAGUCUGUUUGGCAGGCCAAACUGUUUCCAGAUUGUUGUUCAGCACUUUAGUGAGGAACAGUACAUAUUCUACUUUGCAGGAGAGGUUCCAGAGCAGGCACAGGAUUGGAUGAAAUGCCUUAAAAAUUUAUGCAGUAACCUAAGGAAAACCACUCAGCCCACCUCCAAUAAGAGGCUCAGACAGGUGAGCAGCCUAGUGCUGUAUGUGGAGGAGGCCCACAAGCUGCCGGUGAAGUAUUUCAACAGCCCUUACUGUAACAUCCACCUGAACAGCGUCCAGGUGGCAAAGACGCACCCUCGGGACGGGCAGAACCCCGUCUUCACUGAAGAGUUCAUCUUUGAUGACCUGUCAAGUGAAAUCAACAGAUUUGAAAUCAGCCUGAGCAACAAGACAAAAAAGAGCAAAGAAAGUGACAUCUUGUUCAUGCGCUGCCAGCUGAGCCGGCUGCAGAAGGGCCAGAUGAUUGAUGAGUGGUUCCCUCUCAGCUCCCACGUGCCUCUGAAGGGCAUAGAGCCGGGCUCCUUACGUGUACGUGCCCGCUACUCCAUGGAGAAGAUCAUGCCUGAAGAGGAGUACAGCGAGUUUAAAGAGAUGAUGAUGCAUAAAGAGUUCCAUGUCAUCUAUGCUCUGGCCCAUGUGUGUGGUCAGGACCGCACCUUACUUGCAAGCCUCCUCCUGCGGAUCUUCAGACAUGAGAAUGAUGAAGCCCCACUACUCAGGACACUCAACGACAGAGAGAUUAACAUGGAGGAUGAGGCCACGACCUUGUUCAGAGCGACCACACUGGCCAGCACUCUCAUGGAGCAGUACAUGAAGGCCACAGCCACGCCCUUCGUCCAUCAUGCUCUCAAAGACACUAUCCUCAAGAUCAUGGAGAGCAAACAGUCCUGUGAGUUGAACCCUUCCAAACUGGAAAAGAAUGAGGAUGUGAACCUGAAUCUGGCUCAUCUCCUCAACAUCCUGUCUGAGCUGGUGGAGAAGAUCUUCAUGGCCGCUGAGAUCCUUCCACCGACACUGAGGUUCAUCUACGGCUGUCUGCAGAAGUCUGUGCAGCAGAAAUGGCCCACCAACACCACCAUGCGGACGAGAGUUGUAAGUGGCUUUGUCUUUCUAAGACUGAUCUGUCCUGCCAUCCUCAACCCCAGAAUGUUCAAUAUCAUUGCUGACCCUCCAUCAUCAACAGCAGGCAGGACCCUCACCCUGGUGGCCAAGUCUGUCCAAAACCUCGCCAACCUGGUUGAAUUUGGUGCUAAGGAGCCCUACAUGGAGGGUGUGAACCCUUUCAUCAAAAACAACAAACAUAGGAUGAUAAUGUUUCUGGAUGAGUUAGGGAAUGUCCCUGACCUCCCUGAAGCCACAGAGCACUUUAGGACAGACCUGUCCCGGGACCUGGCUGCGCUGCAUGAGGUCUGUGCCACUCACUCAGACGAGCUGCGGACGCUGAGCAACGAGAGGGGAGCGCAGCAGCAUGUGUUGAAAAAGCUGCUGGCCAUCACAGAGCUCCUCCAGCAGAAGCAGACUCAGUAUGCCAUGUCCAACAGCAACAGGACAGAGUGCACCAUCAUGUCACUGGCUGCUGCCAUCCAGGUAAUGUGAGUUUAACGGAUUUCCUCCUGAGAGUCAGAUUGUGGCAGUCAGACCACACAGCCAGCCAAAGUGAGGUCCCCAACCGAAGAUUAAAGUCAGUUUGUAUUUAUAAGCAUGUGGCCUAGAUUUCCUGGCAGUUCUGACGCAAUAUGGCCGUUCUCCACGAGAAAUCUACUUGCUGCAUAUCUGAAUACUGUCCUUCCAAAGCCCUUCCCAAAAUGCUUCAGACACCGACAGUGUUUGUUGAAGUUUGACGCCUCGUCACACACGAGCAUGAAGAUGGACCUGAGUUACAGUGAACUGCAGAGAUGUCUGAACUUUUUAUUUUUUUUAUUUUUAAUCCUGGUAUGCCUGCCACUCCUCCCUCAGAAGUUUGACGAGUAGCGGUUGGCGGCUGACGUGGAGCAGGAAGACUCCAAGACUCAAGUCAGCCGCUGCGUUCCUUGGACUAAACUCGGACACAUUAAAGAGGGGGAGGAAAUCCAAAGCAUUGAAGUAGCGUUUUUCUGCCGUCAUCAGGGAAUUUUAAACAUAGCACCUCUCUCCAAGACGACACGAGCCUUAACUUCCUCUCUUCACGCCACCCCAUCCUACAUCACCCAGAGUUUGCGAAGAGCUCUUCCUCCCGACCAUUUCCACCACCUUUGUGUAUGAACGCAGCACUGGAACCACUUGUUACAUUUUUAUAAAGUGCUUUGUUUGUUGAUAUAUACUUAGACGUGUAUAGAAAUAAAAAGGUGUUUUUCUAUGAUUAUAGCUGAAGAGAAACGAGACAUAGUCUAAAAGUCUUAGGAGAUAACGUGUAACCUUUCCUGUGCAUGUGUUAACCUUGAUGGAUCCUUCUAUAGUGUGUGGGCCUACAUACUGUAUAUGCUGCUGUGACAAACAUCACCUGAACUCCCUCUAAGCUUUCAUGCAUUUGCAGUCUCUCUCCCGCCAUCACAUGUGGGUUUCACCACAGCACCGUCUGUUUUCAUAUCCACCCAGAGAAGUCGUGCCACGCACAGAUAAAUCAGCGUCUGGCCCGUGAAGGGACCUCGCGUGCCUCCUGACGACUCAAACAGCUGCAAAGUCUGAAUCUGUGCCUGUCAUAGCUCAAGAGUUUACCAGACUGUUUACUGUAGCUGCACUUAAAGAUACCACGGACCUCACCGACCUCACCAAGUGUAAACGGACAACUGGCGACAGACGCGCGAUUAACCAACAGGCCUAAAAGUCUCCAUCAGCAAUACCAAUUAUCAGCUGUGCUUCAAGGUAUGGAUGAUGUAGGCAGGAAUGUGGUGUGCUGUUGUUCUUCCUUUCUGUCUUUCAUACGGCUGAUGAUGACGUGUUCCUUUUUAUUUUUCUACCUGAUACUGAACCUUGAACCUUUUGCAUCUUAGAUACGACGACCUGGCUAAAAUAAAACUGUUACUACAUACGACAGAAAA